CGAUCCGUUGAGCGUAACGUAUGGACCUACCACAUUUGAUAAUUGAUUCUGAGAACUUAUUAUUUAAAUAAGUAUCCCUUGUGAAUGAGAUAGGGAAGUUAAAGCUCCAUCAUGGUAGAGCCGUACCACAAAGCUGCCAGAGACGGCAUUGUCGAUCUACUAAAGACAGCUACGAAGCGAGAUACGAAUCGUAAAGACGAAGAUGGUAUGACUCCCGUUCAUUAUGCCUCGAGUUGUGGAAACGUUGAAGCCCUUCGAUUAUUAGUAGGAAAAGGGGGGGAUCCUGACAAGCCAAAUUAUGAUGGGGCAUCAGCUGUGCAUCUCGCAGCAUCCUGUGGUCAGCUUAACUGUUUGUCGUUUUUAACCAACUUUGGGUGCAAUAUUUGGGCAUUAAACAAUGAUGGUCGGACUCCCUUAGAAGAUGCAGCAUAUCAUGGCCGUAUGGAAUGUGUUCGACAUCUUGACGGACUGAUUGCAAUCCAGAUGCUUCGAGAUAAAAAAGGAGUGGAAAAACAGAAACUCCAUGCAAAACGGGAAGCCAUUAAGAGAGUAAAAAAGCAAAGAAAACUGCAACAAGAAAGAAACAAGGCAUACGAGAAGAAAGUGAAAAAUGAAUUAAAAGAUAAAUAUGAUCAACUGGGAAAUGGAAACAUGGGAGAGGAAGAUGACAAUUUGGGAAAGCAAAGUGCAAUAUCUAUGACAAAUGGACGGUCACGAACUUUCUCCGAGUUGGCAGGGGGGCAUGGGUUUGAUGACAACAGUGACCAGUGGGAAGCCCAAAAUGCAACUUCACAUGUUUAUUCUGACACAUACUCUGAAAGGUCAAAUCUAUUCAAAGCACUCAAAGGUAAAAUUCAUGAUACUCUGCAGAGAAAAAAACCAGGCAAUACUUUAAAUCCUGAAACAAAGCGUCCAUCCCUAAGCCAACCAAAUUUGAUUUUCAAACCAGGUCCAAUGGCCACUUCAAAGUCUCUUGAUGACUUAGAUGUUAUUAAAGAAACAUCAUCCCAACUUCAAGAUGGAUCCGAGAGCUUGGUGUCGGAUGAUUCCGACUGUGAUAAUCUUAGUGCAACAUCAGGACACAUAAUAAAGAAAUACGAUGACAAGGGGAAUGUUUCCACAGAAAUUCUUUAUCCAUCUGUGUCAAGCAAGUCAAAUGGUAGCAUGAAAAGCCAUAAAAGUCAAAACAGCCAAUCCUCUCGAAAGAGCAGCACAAGUAAUGAUCAUGAUCAAGAAAGCUUGCAGUCGGCAGGAUUUGAAGAAGACAACUAUUCAGCAGAAACUGAGGUUUCUGAUGACAUGAGAGCUGUUGUUACUUUUCUCUCAGGGUUGAACUUAGAACAGUUCUCUACUUCAUUUCUCAAAGAGAGUAUCGAUCUUAAUGCGUUAAUGCUGUGCUGCGAUAAAGACCUACAGGAGCUAGGCCUUCCCCUCGGUCCACGACGCAAGAUCUUAGAAGCAGUGAAAAGAAGGAAGUUGGCUUUCAAAAGCCCAGGACUUAUGACUGAUUCAAAAAUUUAGAAUUAAAUUAAAAAUCUGAAAUAGCUAAAUUAACAAAAUAAAAAAGCUACUUUUUUAUAGACCAGCACAAUUAAGUUGCACCAAGGAGUUCAAAUUAUAGUGAAACUGCAAGGCAUUUAAUGCAAAGAAAAUAUUAAGAGUAUAGUUAAGCCCCACUUAAUGGACUGUAACUGCUUAUUAGAAAGACAUUCUGUUGUUAUGAAACCUUUUUUUGUUUUGCUCAGUGGUGAUACAAAAAUUAACCUGCUUAAUACUGAUACCUUGUUAUUACAUUAUAAUCUUGGCCCCCAGGCUUAUGUAGUAACAGGGAUUAACCAAUUCUAAUGAAGAGCUAAUGAAGGAAUGUUUAAUGAUAACUUGUGUGUUACAGUUAUGUACCAUUAGUGUUCUCUGUGAUUAGCAUUCUCUGCAACCAGUUUGAGUGUCUUCCUGCAACACCUUUGGUGGCAGAGGAAUACAAUAUGUGACGACACUAAAACCAGCUGUCAAAAGGAGACUAGGAAUUCUUUAUCCUUAAAAAUAUCAGCAAAGUCAAGUACAUUAAAAAAUCACACGUCCAAACUGAAAUAAAAAAAUCACCUAAGUUCUCUAGAUAAAAGAAACAAAUUGCAAUCCAUACGAUGAGGCAGUCCCUAAAACAGUAAUUACACAACAUGGACAACUCGAUGCAUUAAUUUUACAAUAUAACAGCACUAGAUAAGGUACAGCCUCAAACUUCAGUGUUGGAAACUAAGUUUAAUCUCAAAACCAUCCUGAUUACAAGUUAAAAAUCUUUUUUUUAAACCAAAGUUCUGUUCAUUCCUAGCCUACUUGCAUGUAAACCAUUUUUUUAGCAAAUAUUAAUAUAUAAUAUUGCAGUCAUUGAGUGAAUUUAUAGUAUUAAGAUUGUAUCGGUGAAUAAACAGUUCUACAUUGUGUGUUUAA